CCCUUCGCACCGCCGGUUCCCAAGGUUUCGCGCCCCGCUGAGCCCCCAGGGACUGUCAAGCGGCAGCUGUAAGAGACAGCGUGAAUCUUCCGUCUUGCUAUCGGCUGUUUCUCACGGAUCCGCAGCGCUGGAGGGGCUGCCGGGCCUCCUGCCGUCGUUUCCCUUGCAGAGCUGAUCGCAGGUGGCAGGAGAGGAGCUCUCCAAGCGCAGGUGCAGGUCGCAGCGUUGAGCCAAGAAGCCGCUCUGGUAGAUGCUGAACGUUUCCUUGUCUCUCAGGCUGUAUGAAGAUGUGAAUAUUCCUUCCAUAAGUUGUUGGGUGACUGCUUUGCCAAAGCAAUGGCCUCUCAAGAAUUUACUGUAUUAUACACUCACCAAAAAAUGAAAAAAUCAAAAACGUGGCAGGAUGGAAUUCUGAGGAUUGGAACUGGCAGAAAUAAGGCUGUCUUGUUUGAUGAUAAAGGACAAUGUUUGGAGAGUAUUUUUAUAAAAUCUCAGGUGAAGGCUGGAGAUGAUUUAGAAAGUGAACGAUAUUUGAUCACAGUUGAAGCAGUGAAAGUGAGUGAGGCAUCUUCUGAAGAUCAGCCAGGGAAAGCAGGAACUCCAGCAGCAGAGAGAAAUGGUGUAAAACCUGGGGUUCUGCCUCCAAGACAUCUGUCUGUCGGCCUGAAAAGGAAAUUUAGAGGUUUCCAAGGGCCACGCCAAGUUGAGAAGAAAAUACCAGCAGUGGAAUAUGGAGAGAAAGCAACAAUAUUGCCUGUAUCUGAGCAGUGCCAGGGUACUUUCCCAUCCAAGUUUUAUGUUACCUCUCCCUUAUUUUCUACGAUUGGCAGGAAGGAUGCAGCAACAAAUCUGUCUGCAGACUCCCAAGGAGGUGCAGGUGUGGAUGAUAAUGGAGAACACACGUCUGUCUCCUCACUGCUUUCAGCUCAGUUUCUUGACAGAUGUGAGGCGACAGAGAAGCCAAACUCCCCCUGGUCCACUGUGAAGCCAGAAUCUCCUCUGAUUGCUGAGGAUACCCAGUCUGGUGGUUACGGGGCAGUGUCACGCAACAUCAGGAGCACAGCACAGAUAAUAGCUCUUUUGAAGGCUAAACCAGCACCAGGCUGCAGAGAGCAAGCCAUGUCUGACAUCACAGACUGUCAUUCUAGGUCUCAGGUGUCAGAAUAUGCAGAAAGUUCAUCACAUAACCAAAACAGCACAAUCCUACCUGCUUUUUCAGGCAACUCUGCUGAAAAACUCGUUCAGAAUACUCAGCACUUGCCUUUUAUGGAGCAAACUGUAAGUGACAAAAAGGAAUGGAACCCUGAAAUGCUGCUGAAUUCAGCUGAACAACCUUGUGAAGAAGAAGUCAUGUGGGGGAGACAUGACAAAAAGGCAAAUCAUCUAAGUCAAGACUUACAAGAUCCCUCUAAUACAAAUAAUUGCUGCUUACCUGAAUCCACUAUCAAUAGACUAAGUGACAGUCAGUUUGUCCCAUCCUCAGGUGACAUUUUGCCUUCAGAAAGUCCAGUGAGCUUUGAAAAAACUUUAUCCAGGUACAGGGAGCAGUCAGUGACUAAUGGUCUGAAGGAGAAUUCAUCUUUGAUGUUGCAAAGGGAGCUUCAGCCAAAACAAAAUUCAGAAAGAGCCCCUAGUGACCCAGAGCUCCCUGUGGAUGUGACAGUGACCAAAACUGGAGUUGCAGAGGAGGGAUUAAGUACCAGUGGCAAAGACUGUGGUCCAGAUGAACCAGGGAUGGAGGUUAACUUCAACCUAAUGGCAGCUUUUGAUUUUGAUGAGGCAGACAAUCCAAACCUGUGUGAAAGAGAUGUGAAUAAACUCACUGAAGGAGACGUGCUUUCACAAAGCCCAGAUUGCUUAAAGGAAGAUGUGGCACAAGAUGCUGCUUUGAGACUUGGUUCCUGCUAUGAAAUGGUGGUAGACUGUAAAAAUGAAGAAGUCAAAUGCUCAGCAUUUGACACAGAGAAUGAUGGAAAUCACUCCCCCAGGAGAAUCACUGCAUUUUGUGACAACAACCUCAGAGGUACAGGGAGAAUUGGAGGAGACUUGGCAAACCAGAGCAGAAUGGAAGUGGAACUUCUGGGUGAUGGACACAAGGUAAAAGAGAUGAAUGAAAGUCAAUUAAGUAGUGAAGCCACAAACAAUAAGAAGGAUCUUGAUGGCUGUGCAGCACAUAAGAUCAUUGGCAUGUCUGAUCUUCUGCCUGGUGACAUGAAUGUUAAUGACUGUCACCCUAAAACCAGUAUGUUUGAGAAAACUGGAAAUAUUUCAUGUAUUUCUGCCAGCACAAUAGUUUCUGCAAUGGACAGAAGGACUGAAGAUGUUACAGAGCUUGGAUGCAUUAAAUGCCCAGAUGUUGACUUAGAACACUUCUGGAGUACUAAAAGUGACAUUAAACCAGGUAGUCCUUUGCUGGCUUUGUCACAAAAAUCAGAGUCUAGCUGUGGUUCAUUCCAAUGCAUUGGAGAUGACAAUCAAAAGGAAUUUGUCAUUUCAAGUAAGGAACAUACUCUUAUUUCCAGAAGUUCUGUCCACCCUUUAGGAAAAGGCCAUCAAUUUCCAGAGGAAACAGUGAUAGGUGAAACUGAGUUUGAAACUGGAGAGAGCAUAAAUGCCUUUGGUGAAGCCUGCAAAGGUGAAAGAAUAGGAAUGGAUUGCCUGAAGUCUAGGACAGUGGCUGAAAAUUUAUCAGAUCUUCCUGAUUCGAUAAAAAAUCUUGCUCUUCUGAGAGCUUUGACUCAACAUAGCACAGCAUUAGAAAGCUUACAGAAGAUGAAGGAGAAUGAUAGCAUAUUCUCUGGAGCAGAGACUUCUAAAGAGAUAUUUGAACCUGUUGUGCAAGAUGAAGCUAUAAAACAGUUUACAGAAAUGCCUUACUCAGAAAGUGUACAGGCAUCUUCCUGUUCAUACUUUGAUUCUCCUGGCCUUAUGCCCAACUGUGAGGACAAUUUAUUACCAAAACCAGAGGCAUGCAUUCUACCAAUAGCAGUGGCCCAAAGAGACCCUAGGACAUCUGGCUGCCAUCCAAAGUCUCCAGAUUCAAGAAGUUUUCAUGAGGAUGACACCAACUUUGUCAGAGAAGAGAAUUUUCAAAACCAGCCCAACAUUACUAGAGAGGCAAGAAUAGAUCAGUCCUCUCUGGCAUUGAAUGUUUAUUCUGGAGUUCCUCCAUGGGCAAUGUCAGGCUCCCCUUCACAUGCCAGUAUGAGACAAAUGCAGUGGAAUUCAUGGGAAUCUGACAAGAUGAUUUCUUCAGUAGGACUGGCUUCCUCACUUGAUCCAGACUCUACCAUUUCUCCAGCUUCAGGAAGUGAGGAAACUAUUGGAAACAUCCAGGAGCCCCUGAUACACAGGAUCUUGCCAAGUGAACCAGAACUUUCAGAAUUCUUUUUCAGCCGGGAGAAAUCCAGCUAUCCAGAGGAAUGCAACCUCUCCAGAUGCAAGGCCCCAGUUAGACCACGGACUCCAUUUGUCACUCUUCCUGAUGCAGUUUGUCCACCUGACAACAAGGAGGUCCAGCAGUCCUUCAGCUCCACAGUAGUCCAUUUAGGCAACAAGUCAGUGGUAUUUCCUAUGAGUGCUUUUGGCCCUGAGGACAGAAAUUAUGAAACCUCUGUGUUUGGAGAGUGUACGGAAGACGGACAAAGGGAAUCUGUCCAACCAGUGCUCCCUAAUGUGGCUUCACAAUAUAGACAAAGCAAGUGGCUAAAAUAUCAAAACAGUGCUCAGUGUGACUUGAUAGCUCAAAACAGCGAUGAUGGGGAAGUGACUGAUGACAUCUGUGCUGAGAAGGUCCUUGGAAUGCUGCUGGGUGACAGAGAGAGCAGCACUGUGAAUAGCGGUGCUCCAGACCCUGCACCUCUCCUGACAGCAGAGGGCACGCCUGGGGAAGGCUUUGCAAACACCAGCAGCCAAGAUUUGUUUUCAGAGAGGAAGUUACUUUCUCUGCACUCAAGUCAGACGCCUUUGGCUGAAGCAACACAAAAGGUGUUAAGUCAUCUGAGCUGCCACACUGUAACAAGAGACAGCCAGAACAUGAGGAUUUCUGAGUUGUCUUUUCCAAAUGUGGAUAAAGUAAAAAUUGCUACCCUUCCUCAAAGGAAGGUUUCCAUACCAACUGUGUUUCAGUCUCAUGUUCACUACAAGCAGGUUUUUAAAGCUGCUCUGACAGAGCAAUUAAACGUAAUGCUAUUUGAGUUGUCCCAAAGAUUACACAACGCUCUUUCAAAAGUGGAUAUAUCAUUUUACACUGCAUUGAAAGAUGGGCCAAGUGAGAGCAAAGGAGGCAGUGGUCCACUCUGCAACCACAGGCAUCCUGCUAAGCUUGUUAUGGUUAAAAAAGAAGGUCAAAACAAGGGCCGUUUGUUCUAUGCCUGUGAUGCCCCCAAAGCUGAGCAGUGUUCGUUUUUCAAGUGGAUAGAAGAUGUGAACCCCACACAGAUAAAAUCCAGGCCUAGUGCAGUGCUUCAUGAUGUAAAAAGCAUUGGGACUUACCUCAGAAGUCAAAAGAUUUCUCUCUAUGAGGAAUGCCAGCUUUUGGUGAGGAAAGCCUUUGAAAUGCAAACACAGCGGUGUAGUAAGUUCAGGAAAUUUAUGAAUACACCUGCCAGUUUUGAUGGUGAUUCCAAAAGCAAAUUAUACCUCAAAUUAAGCAGAAAGGAGCAUUAUUCUCUCUAUAGCAAAGAUGAUAUUUGGGUUGUUUCAAAGACUCUGAACUUUGAUCCCCUGGAUACUUUCAUUGCAAGUAGUGCUUUCUUUGGACCAUCCUCCAGUAAUGAAGUAGAAUUGCUACCACUGAAAGGUUACUGCCCCUCAAACUGGCGAUCAAAUAUGUGUGUUCAUGCCUUGCUGGUCUGCAAUGCUAGCAGUGAGCUUACAUCUUUAAGAAAUCUGGAGGAUAACUUCACUCCAGCAACAUUACCACUAAUACCAUAUCUCCUGAAAAUGAAUUUUGAUUCUGAAAAUGCUACUAAAAGAGUCAGCAAAAGAAAAUUUAUGCCACCUGCCAUCAGCCUGAAACAGACAAUGAUGUCUGGACCUGUCAGCACUGAAGUGGCAAUGGGACUUGCUGAAAAGAUGAUCCAAACAUUCUCCUUGAACCCAGAUCAAGCUACAUCACUGAUUCAGAUAGCUCAGAUGAUGACCUUGUGUGAAAAUACCAAACCAGUGGGAGAACAUCAGAUCUUCCCCAUCACAAUCAUACGUGGUGUUUUUGGAGCUGGAAAGAGCUAUCUGCUGUCUAUUGUGAUCUUGUUCCUAGUGCAACUCUUUGAAAGCAGUGAAGCUACUGAGGGUCCCAGGUCAACUCCAUGGAGACUUCUGAUUGCUUCUUCCACUAAUGUUGCUGUUGACAGGAUACUGCUGGGGCUACUUGAUCUUGGAUUUAAGGAUUUUAUCAGAGUGGGAAGUAUUAGGAAAAUCACCAAAGCAAUUCUUCCCCAUAGUUUACAUGCUGGCUCAGGAAAUGAAAACGAGCAGUUGAAAGAGCUGCUUGCUCUCAUGAAAGAAGAUUUAACUCCAGCUGAAAAAGUAUACGUGAGGAAGAGUAUUGAGCAACAUAAGCUGGGCACCAAUAAAACCAUACUGCAACAGGUAAAAGUGGUUGGGGCCACCUGUGCUGCCUGCCCGUUCCCAUGUCUGAAUGCUCUGAAGUUCCCCGUAGUGAUGCUGGAUGAGUGCAGCCAGAUGACUGAACCUGCUUCUCUCCUGCCUAUUGCAAGGUUUCAGUGUGAAAAGCUUGUCCUUGUUGGAGACCCGAAGCAAUUACCACCAACUAUCCAAGGGUCUGAGAGUGCUCAUGAAAAGGGAUUGGAGCAGACCCUCUUUGACAGGCUCUGCUUAAUGGGCCAUAAAGCAAUACUCCUUCGGACACAGUACAGAUGUCACCCUGCUAUUAGUGCCAUAGCCAACGAGCUGUUCUAUGAAGGAGAUCUGAUAGAUGGUGUUUCUGAGGAAGACAGGAGUCCUUUAUUGGAUUGGCUUCCAACACUAUGUUUUUAUAGUGUGAACGGGGUAGAACAAAUUGAAAGAGACAACAGCUUUUACAACAUGGCAGAAGUUCAUUUUACAGUCAAGCUCAUCCAGUCUCUGAUUGCAAGUGGAAUAGAAAGCUCUGCAAUUGGUGUGAUUACUCUUUAUAAAUCCCAGAUGUGUAAGAUCCAGAACCUGCUCAGCAGCGUGCACUCUGAGGCAUUUGAAACCAAAGCUCUCCAGGUGUCCACUGUAGAUGCCUUCCAAGGAGCCGAGAAGGAGAUCAUCCUUUUGUCCUGCGUGAGAACAAGGCAAAUUGGCUUCAUAGACUCGGAAAAGAGAGUGAACGUUGCGCUGACGAGAGCCAAGAGGCAUUUGUUGAUUGUUGGGAAUCUGCCCUGUUUGAGUAGGAACAGACUGUGGGGGAGAGUGAUUCAUCACUGCAAAGGAUGGGAAAAUGGACUGCAACAUGUAAGCCAGUGUGAGCAGCAGCUAAACGACAUUCUUAAGUGUUACUUGGAGAAAUGGAAGGAAGAGGAAGAGAAUGGAAAAAAGGAAAAAUAAAACAUGCACCUGUUUUACGAAGAGAAUGCAAAUUGUGUGUCUGUAAGAGUUAUCAGAACGAUUGAAAAUCUACUAUUUAUUUAAUGUGGGGAAGUGUUUGUAUCUCAGUGCACUGACACUUCUGUUUGUUUGUGUGACUAAAAAUGAAUAAAGUAACUUUAUCUGCUUGAUAA